GUAUUCACGCUCUUUGGUUCAGUUGGAGUAAGGUGGGGCGAAGACUCAACUUGGCCGAGUUGUGGAAGUUGGGUGCAUUUCGCCGUGUGGUGGAGUUGUUCAGUGAAGACGGAAAAAAGACGACACCAGAGUGUGACCGUGCGGUGAAGUGCUGAGGAGUGUGGCCUGACGCAGACCACAGCCAUGGCCUCGGGCAAAAACAAGAACCAGACCUCCCUGGUUCUGCACAAGGUGAUCAUGGUGGGCAGCGGCGGCGUGGGCAAGUCCGCCCUCACGCUGCAGUUCAUGUACGACGAGUUUGUGGAGGACUACGAGCCCACCAAGGCCGACAGCUACAGGAAGAAGGUGGUGCUGGACGGGGAGGAGGUGCAGAUCGACAUCCUGGACACGGCGGGGCAGGAGGACUACGCCGCCAUCAGGGACAACUACUUCCGCAGCGGAGAGGGCUUCCUGCUCGUCUUCUCCAUCACAGAGCACGAGUCCUUCACCGCCACCUCCGAGUUCAGGGAGCAGAUCCUGCGGGUGAAGGAGGAGGACGGCAUCCCUCUGCUGCUGGUGGGAAACAAGUCGGACCUGGAGAACCGCAGGCAGGUUUCUGCCGACGAGGCCACGGCCAGAGCCGGGGAGUGGGGGGUGCAGUAUGUGGAGACCUCAGCCAAGACACGAGCCAACGUCGACAAGGUUUUCUUCGACCUCAUGCGGGAAGUCCGCAAGAAGAAAAUGUCAGAGAGCAAAGACAAAAAUGGACCAAGCGGGAAGAAGAAGAAACAGCGGUGCUGUAUACUUUAACCCGGAAGCUGGAGACAAGGUGACAAGAUGCCAAAACCAAAGCAAGCGGGGCCUCUGUCAGAGGGACUGAGCCACACACACACACACACACACACACACACACACUCUGCUGCAGGGCUCACAGUCUGCAAACUAUCAAACUGUAAUUUUCACUGCUGCGACUUCCAAACUGCAGGACCCGCGGAGGGAGGCUUGAACACAACCAUGUAGGCCUUAAUGCUGUGAUUCUGUCCUGAGAGUGUGGUUAAAAAAAAAAAUCACACUGAAAAUCUGAGAAAUUCAAACUGCUCAAACCACAAACCAGGCAUUCACGUCUUCGGUUUGUUCACUGUGAAUUUGUCUUUUCCAGCUGCACAACUUCCAAACUAAUUCGAGAACGUGGUGUCCCGAGUGGAAUUUACAUUGCAUAAGCAUUCCAGUAUCUUCUUUUUUUUUUUUUUUUUUUUUUUUUUUUUUUUUUGAGCAUCAUGCAGCUCCACACUCCGUGGUGACUCGUUCACAUGACAUGCUGGCAUCCACAGGAAGUGAACCUGUCAAUAUUAAAGAUAUCAUGUAAUGUUGGUGUUUCCCCACUUCUGUCUGCUCUCUUUCCUUAUUUACAGAGAGUGUGGUGCCAAACUGCAUACCAAAAUGUCUCACAUUAGUGUUUCAUUGCCCCCAUAUCCCAUGUCUUAGCUGUUUUUUUUGUUAUUCUUUGGGUCUACUCUUUGUCCCUGUACGCUUUAAAUCCACUGGUGACGGCAUGUCUUUCUGCGGCGAAAAGUGAAGGAAUAAAAAAAAUGAGCUAGUUCUGAUGACUGAAGUGCAGCCUGGUGGAUUGAACCUGUGCAGAGGUGAGGAGUUCAAUCUGAAAAUUUAGGAAAAGUUUUGUUUUUGUUUGGCGAGAGAUGCGAGUUUGCCAGCGUGGAUGAACACAGUUUAUAGAUUUUGCGAUGCAGUUUGACCCAGUUUUCUCUCUGAAGGAAAGACAGAGUGACAUGCAUUAACCAGCGUGGGACACUUCACCAGUUUAACACUUAAAACUGUUUUUUUUUUCCCCUUUUUUUUUCCAAAAGUUGAAAAUCCAGUGUCAUGUUUUUAUGGCCAAAUUAAGAGAAUGAAGAUUUUUUUCCAGUCUGUCGGCCACCUUGACGAGUGAGCAGCCUGAUGGUUCCCGCACUGAGAUGACGUGCCUUAGCUGUUUCAUUACAAAAAAUCUCCAUCUUAACAAGUCUUUUAAUUUCAUCUCCAGUGUUGAAAUCUUGUUUUUCCUUCAAACAAGGUAACAAAAUCCCACUAAUCAGCCCACAAGGAUCAAGAAAAUGACACUAGAUUAAAAAAAAAAAAAUUCCAGAAACAAGUUGAUCAGCGUU